CGGGCCUCGUGACGUCACAUUCUCGGCGCUACGAUUGGCAGAAAUGAAGGGAAAACAACGCUGAUUGGUGCGAAUGGUGGGCUGGGCAGCUGUGACGUGAUUGGUUUAUCAAGCAUGAUACGACAGUAAAGAUGUCUGCGCCCAUGUCGGAGUUUUCGUCGUCUCUUGGGCAGCUGAACUAUGUUUAAAUCGCUCGUAGUUUAUGAACGAAUUCUCUGAGGACGAAACAAGCGUCAGAAAUGGCCGUGCCACUAUCACACAAAACUCUUUUUGUUCUCGACCACAGCCCAGCUUUUCUACAAUCUAGCAAAGUUGUUGUCGAAUAUGACAUCUUCAACAAAGCUCGACCUGGGGUUAUUCCUUUGGCACCGAUUACAAAGACAUUAUGGACGUGCGCCGUUGAAGCCGUCGUUGAAUACUGUAGAAUUGUAUACGACAUUUUUGCCACAGAUAAACUGAUUCGGUUUGUUUUGAGUGAUCCUAAGUUACCAGCGUUUCCCGUAUCAUGGAACCAAGAUGCACAGGGCCUGGAUCAGGUGAUGGCACAUCUAGCGGAGCACGGUUCGCCUUCCUCGUCGUGCGACCAAGACGACUGCAGCAUCACCGCAGCCAUCGCCAAGGCGAUAGCGACGCUCUGCGAACCGACGGAGCGGCAGCAGAGGCGGACGCCGGACGCGGGCGAGGCGGCGACGACGGAGACGGACCUGUCGAACGGAGGAAGAAUCGUCUGCAUCACAAACUGCAAGAGCAAGGCGCAGAUUAAGAUGAUAGAGGAGAGCAUGAGCGACGCGUUCGUCCGGCAUAACAAGAUGGCUGCCGAAUCCCACAGGCGUGAGGUGGUGCCGGCGGCGGUGAACAGUGAGGUCAUCGUCGUGCGUACUGGCCGCUACAUCGCCGCUAAGCUUGCCUUCCUUGUACAGCUGCACUACGACCUCGCAUCCACGACCGUCACCGGCAUCCCGAUGAAGGUUAUCGGAGGGUGUGAUGGGGCGGCGGGAGGGGGCAUCCGCUACGAGAUGGUGACGUUGAAGUGGUGGCACGCGCUCUAUGCGCAACGCAGCGUGGAGCGGUCGGCUGAUGCUGGAUACAACCUGCGAAGUCGCGGAGUCAAGGUUCUCGUCCUCAGCGCGAUGCUGCACUUCCAGCCCGCGGCGGGCAGGUCUUUAUCGCAUAUCGGGGACCCUGAACACGCGGCUGCCGACGUCACGCUCGGUCCGCCUCGAAGGACGCGUGCCCGGGCGCUCAACCGCCGUCCAUGCAGCGAGGGCUGCGCGGGGGCGGGUAACGCGACUACCGGAUCGACGGAUUUCGGGGAUUUCAUGAAGGAUUCACGUCUGGCUCCAGUAGAAGCCGACGCGCAGCAGCAGCAGCAGCAGCAGCAGCAAGAGGAGGAGGAAGAUGCUGAGAUGAAGCCAGUGCGGAAAGCUAAGGCGCAGCUGGAGAGGAUGACUAGAUUCUGGCCGAUGGUCAUCGGAGAAACGGUGAUAUUCAACAUCCUGUCGAACCUGGACCCUCUGCCGUCUCUCAUCACAAAGGAGGUGCUAGAUGAAGAGGACGUGGUCGACUGUAAGAAGGCCAUCUAUCACAUGGUGGCGAUGGAACAACGCAACGAGACGCUGGCCAUUCCCAUGAUCGGCACCAGGGGCAAGGCACACAAGCGGGAGGAGCAGUACAGACAGAUGUGGAGUGAGCUGGAUACACUCGUUAAAGCUCACGCCGAAAACUCAUCUGGCCACCAACAGGUGAGUGGCUGCUGGCAGCUCUAA